AUGACCACAAUAUUUCACGGUGGUCAUGUCGAGACCCCAAAAUGGCCCUCAGAUCUACAAAGUCGUGAAGCGACGCCGUUGGUCCGCGCGGAUACAUCCAGUUCCCUCGGUCUACACCAGUGUAUUGCGCAGCCGAUGCCAGAGAUCUCCGCCGUGUAUCAUCAAAAGCGCCUUCUGACUGAAAUUCUCGUUGGCUUCAUAAUCGGUUAG